AGUUCUGUUUUUUUGUGCUUAGACUUCAGACAAAAGUGACAAACAUAGCAAGACCAAUAAAAAGCUAAAGAAAAAUGAGGAUAAAGUAGAUAAUGAUAUUCCUAUUGAGUUAAUGGGAAAAUCAAAAGCAACAGCUAAUAGUGUUAGGAGGGUGUACUAUGAAGACACUGAACAAAGCAAAACCAAUAAAAAGCUAAAGAAAAAUGAGGACAAAGUAGAUAAUGAAUCAAACGAUAUUCCUCUUGAGUUGAUGGAAAAAUCAAAAACCAUGGCUCCCAUGCGGAAGGAAGAUUGGGAGAAACAACAAAAUGUUGUUAGAAGAGUAUUCUGUGAAGAUACUGGAAGAUACAGAUUGAUUAAAGGAGAUGGAGAAGUAUUAGAAGAGAUAGUGAGCAAAGACAAACAUAUAGAGAUUAACAAACAGGCUACUAAAGGCGAUGGCGAAUACUUCCAAAAAAAAUUAAAACAAAACAUUAAAUAGCACAAGAGUUUCCUUUUUUGUAUAGAAUGUAUGCAUCUGUUUAAGCUGUAUAUUAAUUUAUUUAUUAUCAAAUAACCUUAAUUAGUGGCAAUCAGCAUCAAAUAAUGAAAUCAAAAAGUUCUAUGAAGUCAAAGCUCGAUCAUAAAGGUUUUUGAUCAUACUGUAGAUUGGAUGGUAUUAAUUUUUAAGAUCUGAAGCUGAUUUUAGAUUAAUGCAAUUUGCUGCUUCAGGUAUAUUUUCCAAAUUUUGCUUGGAAUUUUAUAUUUAACGUAUUUUUUAACUGUUAUAGGGUAACUUUUUCUAGAUAGGUAUAUUUAAUAUUUUAGACUGUUAUACAUAUAUUUAAACAAUAAAUACAUUUUUAUCUUU